UACACUUUGAAUUGGGACAGCCGUCGUCGCGUGGCGGUGACGUAAUCGCACUUAAAAUGCGUACUUCAAGCGUGCAGACCCUGAAUUGGGACACAGCCACUGUGUUCUGUUUGUAUCUUCCUGUCGUCUUGUGAAUUAUGAUCAGCUGUGCUUCCAUCCUGGGUGUUGGUCUGUGUUCUUUGUCGGCUCAUCUGAGUUUGAUGGUGUUUUGUUCAUGGUUCUGCGGCUCUCUGCUCUUCAUCCCGUUUCAUUAUAGUUUCAGGUUUGCUCAUUAGUUUCCCAGUGUAGGUUUUGAUAGCUUUUUGUUCCUCAUUCCCUGUUUUGCCACUUUGGUCACUUGUAAAUAGACGCUCACUCGCAUCACAGCUGUCGCCUGCGUUUUGGGUGCUUUUCUAAAACAUCUGGGGCACAUUAUUCAGUUGGCACUUUAUGGUUUUUACACUUGUUUGUGAAUCUCUGUGAAAUAUUCCCUAUUUUUUGUGAAAACUCAAUUCAUAUUUUAUUUUGAAGGAGCUUUGGUAUAUUUAAGUUAAACUAUCCAGUGGCUCCAGCUGCUCAGUGUGUCUUUCCUCCAUAAUUUCCUGUGACAAACUUAAACUCUGCUCCUAAAUACAUUUCAGACGUUAAAUAAGAACACUGUGUUUCUCUGUGGUUUGUCUGUUGUGAAGAUCGCUGACACUUUGAGUCAUUUUUCUGCUUUGAAGCCUCGACUUGUUGAAGACGUGAGGUAUUUUCAUUUUUAUUUACCGUAAACAUGCCUUAUAAGGCAAAAAUAGUCACUUUACACGAGGUCACACAAAAUACUUAAUUAAUGAGUAUUUGCUUGAAUUAACCAUCAAUUAAAAUAUGAAAUAAGUAUUUUUAAAACCUCUAUUAACAUCUAAAUGCUUUUCUAAAUACAAAUAACAUGUUAUAUAUGAAUCUAUUAUUUAAGAAUAAAGUUGUGUGUUUGCAGUUAUAAAUAACAUAUUAAGGAAGCACUUAUCUUACUGGUGUUUAGGAGUGUGCUGUUAUUAUAAGGUGUUACCACUAAUACUCUGAACACCUGUGGUGUCAGUGUUACCUGUUUAAUGUAAAUACGUUUUAUUGCAGUAUUAUUAAUCAAAGGUUGGCAUGCCAUCUUUUUACACUGAAGUGUAUGGGGACUAAAUGUGUUAGAUGCCACAAGAACAGCUUAAACAUCACAAAGGUGUCGUGCAGUUUACAUCACAGUGUCAGUUACACUGCUUCUUGCCACAUGUAGCUCAUUUUGGAAAUGCCCUGAUGGGUCGUGAGGGUAGUCUUCCGCUCCAGACUGACAUUGUUGUCUGGAUCGGAGGACUUGUUGAAACAUCUUGCUGUAACUAAGGCUGGGAUUGAUGUAGAUAUAAAACCUUUUGGUUACCAACAAAAGAACCAUAGAAACUGUCCAGGCAUGACGACGCUUGUCUGAAGUGUGCGUCUGUGAUUUGUCAGAAAACACACCCUGCAGUUAGCAUUAGUCAGUGUGUCUGAGGCUAUGAAGAAAAGAACACGGUGUAUGUUCACCUGGCCUCAGGCUACUGUUUCUUUCUACACAGUGAUGAUUCACAGGACAGAGCACAUUGCAGUUAACACACAGCCAUGCAAACGCUGCUUAGGAUGGUAACCCUACUGCACAACCGGUGGCUGCUCAGCUUGGAACUGUCUGGCUACACAGAGGAGGACUGACUGACUGCAAGCUGCCAUGUCCACGUCCAUACCCUGUCCUGGUACCUUAGUCAUCAUCACCCUUCACUCAAGCCUACAUGUUUACAGCCAGAAAUGAGAACUAAACACAAAGUAGCAGAGGUGGCUGAAUUAACUUGCAGAUGUUUAAUUAAAUUAAUUAAAAACCAAACUGUUGGAAAACUGAAAUGCAGGUAAUGGAGUCUGAACAAUGAUUCGUUUUAAUAUUUCAUCCUUUCAGCUCCAAUAUGUGCUUGCUACUUUUAGCUUUCACCUGAAGUCAGUUUUAUUUAUUACUUGAUAAUUAAUAAAUAUUGAUUAUCAUUAUUAAUAAUGUAUAAAUGAAAUGAAAAUGAGUAAUGACUACUUUCAUUGAGUGUGUGUCUGGCUCUGUUUGUGAGUGUGUGUGCUGAUUCAUGAGUGGAGGGAGUGGUGGUGCAGGGCGUGACUCUGACACACGCUGUAUCACACUAUCCAGGUGAGAAAUAGUUUUUAAGGCAGCAACACGAAGCAGCGCACAACUUUACACAGCAGAGCUGAACUCCCGAGCACAGCAGCCAGCUCUCUUUGUUUGCCGACAGCUGCUCCGUUUUCUUAUUUCUUCUGGAGGUUUUCACAACAUGAGAAUACUUUUACUACUAGCUGCCUCGGCCAUACUGUCACACGCCCAAAAUGACUGCUCAUGGGGGGCUUGCUACCCACCCACCGAUGACUUGCUCCUUGGCAGGGCUCACCAACUUCAGGCUUCAUCUACCUGUGGCCUCACUGGCUCAGAGAUCUUCUGUACCCCAUACCAACAGAGGAAGAUGAAAUGUUGUCCGUGUGACUCCAGGAACCCAAACAGUCAGCUGGCCCACACUGUCCAGGAUGUUGUGUCCACCUCGGGGCCAGACAGAUGGUGGCAGUCUCAGAAAGAGACGAGUCCAGUUACCCUUCAGCUCAACCUCAACAACCUGUUCCAGCUUGACAACCUGGUGCUGAACUUCAAGGGUCCUCGUCCCAGUGCCUUGGUCAUAGAGAGGACAUUGGACAACGGCAAAACAUGGCAGCCCACCCUCUACAUGGCAACAAACUGUCAAAAAGCAUUUCCCAGCGUACCCACAAGAGUUCCUCUUGCCAUGGAGCAGACAUACUGCUACACACUGCCCCCUACAGACACAAAUCCAUAUAAAGAUCACACAAUUGAGUACAGUCCUUUACAUCAAUACGCUUACGUCGCUGCUCCCAAAAGCCAAAAGAUUGAAGAUGUGUCUGGGUUAACAGGGCUGAGGGUGAGAUUCACAGAGCUGGGUGAUGUGCCUCAUCUGCCAGGCAGGAGUCUCAGUAGGUUUUACGCCCUGAAAGAGAUGAAGGUGAUGGGCAGCUGUAUGUGCCAUGGACAUGCUAACCGAUGUCUGCCACAAGGAUACAGCAGUAGCCUGUUGCCCAGUACUAUACAGGUGAACGCACAGUGUGACUGCCAGCAUAACACAGCAGGUGUGAACUGUGAGCGCUGUGCUGAUCUCUACAAUGAUCUGCCCUGGAGACCUGCAGAGGAAGGCAACACUCAUGCCUGCAAACGUUGUGAGUGUAACAACCACGCACAGCGCUGUCGGUUUGACUGGGCGGUGUACGAGGCCAGUGGACAGAGGAGUGGAGGUGUGUGUGAAAAUUGUAUGCACCACACCACAGGACCAAAGUGUGACCAGUGUGCUCCAGGAUACCAGCCCAACCCCCGCAGUCGAAUGGAUCGCCCUGAUGCCUGCAUACGCUGUAUCUGCAGUGCCGAGGGGACAGUGAACAGCGGCCGGUGUGAUGACAGCACAGGAUCCUGUCAAUGCAAAGCGAAUGUAGAGGGUCCCCGCUGUGACCGCUGCAAGACGGGAUACUACGGUCUGAGCUCCUCCAACCCUCUGGGCUGCACUAAGUGUUCCUGUUCUCCGCACGGCUCCCUUUCAGACAUCUGUGAUCCGUCGACUGGCCAGUGUCUCUGUCGUCCCCACUUCCACGGCAUUACCUGCAACGUGUGUGUAAAAGGCUACUGGAAGCCAAACAUGUCCGAAACCUGCAAACCCUGCGGCUGUGAUGCCACCAAGUCAACCACUGAUUCCUGCGAUCAGCUGACUGGUCAGUGUCAGUGCAGAUCAGGCUUUGGAGGCCGAACGUGUACAGAGUGCCCUGAUAAUACGUACGGAGACCCUCUGAAAGGCUGCCAACCCUGUGACUGUGAUGCCAGUGGAACCCUCCCAGGAGUUUGUGACAAGCAGUCAGGAGUCUGUUUGUGCCGACCGGGCGUCUCUGGAGCUCGCUGCGACUCCUGCAGUCCUGACCGCUGCGACUCCUUCCCUGACUGUGAGAUGUGUCCCUCCUGCUUCUUCAACCUAAACACUCAGCAAAAGAAUCUCAGGUCGGUCCUGUUGAGACUUGCUUCCAGAUUAUCAUCUCAGUCUGGAGGCGCUGCUGACUUUGGGCCCCGCAUCAGUGACCUGGAGGCCAGUUUGAAAAUCAUCCAGAACUCCAUGUCCCUCUCACCCAUCACUGAUACACGUGAUGCUCUUUCUAAGCUGAAGAAGCUCAGGUACCAGGUUGAUAAUGACCUUUCACCCCUGACAAAAACUCCUGGUCUGGACUCUGAGCUGGACAAACUGCAGGACCUGCUGGAAAGCUUCACUCUGGUGUACAAUGCCAAGAAAGCUGUCACAGAGAACUCUAUCAGUCCCAACAAUAUAGGGGCAUUUACUGCCAUCAGCUACGCCUACGAUAACUCGACAGAUGCCACCAAAAAAGUUGAGGCCGGGAAAAAUACCAUAAAGGAAUCAACUGAUGUCCGAGAAAAGACUGAGGACAUUCAGAGCAAAGUACAGCCGGCCAACACCAGAGAUCUGGACAAACUGAACAACAGCAUGGCCUCCCAACCCAACCUCACUCCUGUUGCCAGACAAGUGUGUGGCAGUGUUCACUCUGAGCCCUGCACACCUCUCCAGUGUGAAAUUGGAGAUUUGUGCACACCAGUGGGAGACGCACCCUGUGAAAAGGGGGGAAAGUGUGUGGGCGCUCUGCCUCUGAGCAAGAGGGCAGACGCUGAUGCCAAGGAUGUGAAGGAAGGACUCGACAAACUCUCUGGGAGGAUCACCGAUGCUGCAGAGAAGCUGCAGAAAACACAGGAGAUGACCAAUCAGGUGAGGCAGUCUACAGAGAAGCUGUCCAGUAAGCUGCAGCAGGCCAGAGAUGAACUCGAAGACGACCUAAAUGAGACACGCAGCGUUGUGAAAGAGCUCAAAGACUUCCUGUCAGACCCAUCCGCUAACCUGACCCAUGUCCAGAAGGUGAGUGACUGGAUCCUGAAUGCCAAGCUGCCCCCCAGAUUGGCAGGGCUUAAAGGGAAGCUGCAGGAGCUGAAGGAUCUGACAGCCAAUCUACCAGACAGCACAGCAGUGCUGAGGGAAGCUGAGCCACAGUUAGAUGCAGCCAAGAAACUGCUGCAGGAUGCUCAGGAUGCCAGGGACACAGCACUGGGUGUGAAGGCUGAUGUUGAUGGGCUGCUGGCAGGCUUCAGCUCAGUGAGCCCUUCCCUUGCUGAGCUGGAAGACAAAUUGCAAGACAAAAUGGAUGUCAUAGAGACCUUGAAUAACAACCUUACUAAGGCCAAAGACCAGCUGGUGCCAGCAGAGAAGGCUCUGGACGAUGUAUCAACACUGAUAAAGCCAAUGAAACCCCAGCUGGAUAAGCUGAAAGACCUGCUGCAGGAUGGAGGUCAGCUGGCUGAAGAUGCACGGGAAAAUGCAGAAAAAGCUGACAAAGAAGCAGCUGCUGGAAAUCAGGACCUGUUGACUUUGGAGAAGCACCUUGACAGUCUUAAAGAGAAAGAUGUUCCCAGGACAGAUGGUGAGACGGAGCCAGCGGAGGAUCGACUGAACAAACUGCAGCAGGAUGCUGGAGUUCUGGCUAACAUAACCAAAAACAUGCUGCAGGCUCUAGAUGGAAAAGCCGACUCCAUCCAAAGACUGCAGGACGAGAUAGUUCAGAAGUCAACGAAGCUUGAACAGCUCGAUGUCGAUCUUAAAACACUUCUGACACAACUCCGUAAGAAAGCCGACGACCUCAGUGCCUGCCAGGGCUGAGCUGACAUGUAGCAGUGCAGUUAGUAUGUAACUGUAACACUGUCUGAGGAAUUCCAACCAUUUUUAUACAUGCUGUCUAUUUGAAAGACUCAAAAGUAAUUGGACAGUUUCUGACAGGCAGUUUCAUGGCUGCACGCGACUUGUUGCUCAUUAAAAAGCUGAAAGAUCUGGAUUUGAUUCCAAAUGAUAAAUUUAUAUUUAGUGGCUGUUCACAAGAACUAUGAGCUCCAAGAUAAAUCAGUGGAGGCUGUCAUUAAAAAUCAAAAUAUAUCAGACAGAUAGAUUAGAAACAAUAAAACCAGCUCACAUAUUUAAAAUUAUGUGUUUAUGUUUUAGACAAUGUAAUUCCUGCGCAGGUGAAUAACAGCAUGAAAGACUUUGAUUGUUUAACUGAAAUACCCUGUGGUGGUGCACAGACACAGCAUUCGUAGGUAUAAAUAUGCAGUAUAACAGCUGUAACUGUACCUUCUGCUGCUGUUUCUGAUGUCGUCGUGCUUAGACACCAAAUUAACUUCAGCGUGUACAGGUUACUCAGACCUGCGCUGUACCAGCUGCCUUCAAAUCAGAAACAUACAACAAGCUUUAAUGAAAAUGAAUUUCAGCAUCAUGAACACCAAAUUCUGAGCUGAUUUUUUUGGUCCUAUUUGAAUGUAACCUUACCCUGUAUUUGUGUCAGUCACAUCUCUGAUGGUUGUCUCAUGGUUUCUAGAGUCAUUGCUGCCUGUAUAUUUAUCACUAAUCUGCAAUUUGUUUCAACAAAGUUUCAUGUUCACAGCAACACCGCAUUACUGCAUUUUUCCAAAGUGGAUAAAGGCUGAAUGUUCCCUUAUUUACUGAUCUGAAUCUGUUGUUCAUGCAUAACAAACAGGAACACAACAGGUUUAGUGAGGAAAUGGUUGCUUGUUUUAAAUGCCUGUAUUUAAUUGUUUCUUUAAUUUAAAAAACUGUAUUUCACUACAUUUGUGGAAUAAAAUCUAUUCUUUAUACCAA